AUGGCAAAUGCUGACAAGUGCAUCACUGAGGACACUGAAAUCGUUGGAUAUGCCCAAGUCGCAAACGACAGAUCUCUUGCCAAAACCAUGACCGAAAUCCGAGAGGGUCCUAAAGCUCUGCAAUACAUUCCUAAGACAACGAGUAACGCCGUGGGCAAAGAUUUCCCUGAAGUGGAAGAGAAGCCGUUCGUAUGUGAAAAAGAGAAGAUGGAUAUGCUGGUGACGACAGUAUAUCGGACCGCCGAUACCGCACCCUGGGAAUAUAAUGGCGUCUAUAGACCAGACCCUAAUGAUCCACUUGCAAAAUACGUGAAUGAAGUACGCAUCGAAUUCCAUGACAACAAAGUGAAUCAGGGUGAUAACCUGCCUGGCCGUGUGUUUCUCGACCUUAAAGAACCUACGAGACUCGAUCAGGUCAUAGUUGACCUCAACGACACGAUGGUAGGAGUGGAUAAGAACGGAACUGUGAAACCGAAAUGGACUGACAAAAAUAAACCCCAGACCACACAGCCUCAACCAACUACUUUCCGUGUCGUACCAACGGUGGAUACGUCUAAAAGAGUGACUCUGCCAGCGGGAACAAAUGCUAUUCCAUUCGAGAUUCAGGUGCCCAAGGGGGCUAUUCCAACUUUCAAUUACGUCUCACCAAAGGAUGGUGCUAGUGUGGUUAACAGCUAUUCGGCCGAAGGCGUGACCAGACUGAAUGGCAAGACUGCUCGAACUGAUAGAGUAACUGUUGACGUCAAGGGCCUUGGUGACACACAAGGCGGUCUUGGCUUCAAUGAUGCCAACAAUGAAGUCGCGAUUGCUAAGAAGUACGUCAAGAAGGGCACUGGUAUUGAUUAUGGCCUCGGACAGAAGAAAGACAGCGAUCAGAAGAAGAACGAUGAUGUCGAAGCCAGUGUUGUGCAACAUGUGAGGUGUCCACCAGUAGGUAUCAACGACACAACGACACUCAAACCAGACCUGAAACCAUCCAAGAGUUCGAAGUCAUCCUCUUCUGUCAUAAACAAUUACAACGAGGAUCCAACUAACACUUCGAAACUCCCGAAUGACAACCUCUCAAAUGUGUUCGAGCAGGAAAAUGCGCCAGUCAAGGCUGAUCUGCCUUCUAUAACAACAAAGGAUUUCGAAAGCAAUUACAAACUCAAGCUCAAGGGCGGAGAUGCUGCAUACGAAGCACCCUUUGCGCUUGUGGACGACCUCAAACAAGGCUGGAGACCUACUCACCUCACACAACCGACAUCCAUUCGAAGAGCAUAA